UUUGAUUUAAAUAAUAGUUAUUUAGAUAGGUCUAAGAGAAUCAUUUGAUGCUAUUUUUUAGCGGAUAUUAUGAGGUGGAUAUUUUUGCUUUUAGUUAUUUCUGGAAAGUUUGUAUUAGGGGAACAUUUUUCAGAGAAAACAACACAAUCCCUUCUUGAUUCAGCAUCAAAGCUUUUUGAAAGGGGGAAGUUAUCAGAGGCCAUUGAUCUUUAUGAUGAAGCUAUAUCUCGAGAUCCAUCUAAUUAUUUGACAUAUUUUAAAAGAGCUACAGCAUUAAUGUCGUUGGGUAAAAAUCAUAUGGCCAUAGAUGAUUUUUCAAAAGUUAUUGACCUUAAACCUGGGUUUAAUGGAGCGUUGCUUCAAAGAGGGAAACUUAGAGCUAAACUUGGGGAUUGGGAAAAUGCGAUUCAAGAUUUGAAACAAGUAAACGAUUAUCAACAGUUAAAAGAAGUUAUGGAUGCACAGAAGCAUGCAAUGAUGGCUACAGUAUCUUUUAAUAAGGGUAAUAUAGAAGAAUGUUUGGAACAUUUAAAAGUUGCUAUUUCUGUAGCAUCGUUUGUAGCAAAAUUAAGAUUGUUACGGGCAGAUUCUCAUAUAAUUCUUGGUGACGUAGGAAAUGCUAUUAAAGAUUUGAUACAUGUGACUACUUUGGAUCCAUCUUCAACAAAAUUUUAUAUUAUUCUUUCCGAACUUCUUUAUUUUUCUAAAUAUGAGUCAGAAGAUGCUAUAUCUCAGGUUAAACGAUGCUUACACUUUGAUCCAGAACAUAAAAAGUGUAAACAAAUAUUUCGUACGAUAAAAAAAUUAGAAAAGAGUAUUGUAAAUGCUAGAAAGUUAGCAAAUUCUGAAAAAUGGGCUGGAGUGGCUGUGAUUUUGGUAAAUGGUUCUGGCGAAAAUGGUGUUCUAGAUUAUGUCGAGAACAAAGUUAAAGAACUUGAAAAAGAAAAGUUAAUUAUGUCAAAUAGCCCAAAGAUACUUUUAUCUGAACUUAGGGAAAUGGCAUGUAAAGCAUAUUCUGAGAUGGAAAGAUAUUCUAUUUCUGAGAAAUAUUGCGAACUAGCAUUAGCUCUUAAUCCUCGAUCUAUUCCUGCCCUUUUGGAUAAGGCUAAUAUGUUAAUGAGGAAUGAAUUAUAUGAGGAGGCAUUAGCAAUAUUGUCUAAAGCAAAUGAAUAUACACAAGGUCAAGAUCGUACGAUAAAAGAAAAAUAUAAAUUAUGUCAGAAGCUCCUACAACAAUCAAAGAAAACGAAUUACUAUAAAGUUCUUGGUGUUAAAAGAGAUGCAACCUUAAAGGAAAUAAAAUCUGCAUAUAGAAAAAUGGCAAAAAAAUAUCAUCCAGACAAAUAUAGAGGUAAUAUGUCUAAAGAGGAAGUUCUUAGGAAAAUGGAAAAUAUUAACGAAGCAUGGAAUGUUUUAUCUAAUCCUGAAUUACGUCAGCGAUAUGAUAAUGGAGAUGAUCCCAAUGACACUGGAUCAGAUAAUUCUUAUCAAGGUUCUUCAUUCUUUUUUUUCCAGCAUAGGGAUAGUUUUGAUUUUUACCGUGAAUUCUUUUCUGAUGAUUUUUCUAAUUAA